AUGGGGCAUAUAGCUUAUUUUCUUGGUAUUCAAAUUACUUAUAAGUCUAAUGGGGAUUUGUUUAUCAACCAAGGGAAAUAUGCAAAAGAUCUGAUCCAUAAGGCUGGUAUGGUUGAUUGUAAAAACUGUUACACCCCUUGUAAACCUCAUAAUCAGGUUUUAACUAGUGAUGGUUCUUUGUUGUCUGAUUCUACCUUGUAUCGAAGCUUACUUGGGGGUCUCCAAUACCUCACUUUCACUCGUCCUAAUAUAGCCUUUGCGGUUAAUACAAUGUGUCAAUACAUGAGUGCUCCAACUGAUGUCCACUUUGCCAGGGUAAAACGAAUCUUGCGAUACUUGCAAGGUACAGUUCACUGUGGAUUGACAUACAUUUCUGGUGGAUCUUUAUUUGUAAAUGCUUAUAGUGAUUCUGAUUGGGUGGCUGAUUUAAACACUAGACGUUCUAUUACUAGUUAUGUGGUGUUCUUGGGAAAUAAUCCAAUCUCUUGGCAAUCAAAGAAGCAGUCUUCUGUUUCUAGGAGUUCCAUAGAAGCUGAAUAUCGUGCCUUAGCUCAUACAACUGCAUACAUUGCUUGGAUCAGGAAGGGUAAGGAUAUGGAGAGAUCAGAGAAGCUGUUCGACGAAAUACUCCAGAGAGGUGUUAACCCCGAUAAUGUAACCUUUUCGACUAUGAUUAGUUGCUUUGGGAUGUGUUCUUUGCUUGAUAAGGCUGUGGAGUGGUUUGAGAAGAUGCCUGGUUUUGGGUGUAAUCUGGAUAAUGUUACCUAUUUGGCUAUGAUUGACGCCUAUGGACGAGCGGGUAAGGUUGAAAUGGCUUUCAGUUUGUAUGAUCGGGCCAGGACUGAGAAGUGGCACAUUGAUCCAGUGACGUUUUCUACGUUGAUCAAAAUUCACGAGCAAUCGAGGAAUUUUGAUGGGUGCUUGAAUGUUUAUGAGGAACUGAAAGCUAUAGGGGCUAAGCCAAACUUGGUUAUUUAUAACACUUUGUUGGAUGCUAUGGGAAGAGCUAGGAGGCCUUGGCAGGCCAAGAAAAUUUACCGAGAGAUGAUCAGCAAUGAGCUUUCACCAAAUUGGGUAACCUAUGCAAGUCUUUUAAGGGCCUAUGGUAGAGCUCAUUACCGUGAUGAUGCUCUUAAUGUUUAUAAAGAGAUGAAGGAAAAGGGAUUAGAGUUAAAUGUAAUUCUCUAUAACACCCUUUUAGCUAUGUGUGCUGAUGUUGGUUACACCGACGAAGCCGUUGACAUUUUUGAAGAAAUGAAGAGUUCUGAAACACUGAAGCCUGACAGUUGGACAUUUUCGUCCAUGAUUACCAUAUAUUCCUGUAGCGUGGAAAGUCAUAGAGGCAGAAACAACAUUGAAUGAGAUGUUGGAAGCUGG